AUGAGACAGCAGAAUAUGGAAAUGGCUGAAACAUUUAAUCGUUCAACUUUUGUUUACCUUGACUAUCUCGCUGCCUUUUGGCUUACUACAUUGUCGAUUGACAUAAUUAAAUGCUUUGUUGGAAGAACUAGACCCAAUUUUAUUGCAAUGUGUGCACCACAAGAGUUUAACGAUGUUUGUAUUGAACAUCCUGAAGCUUUCGUCCCAAUUGCGCACUGCACAACUGGCUGGAAAAAAUCACGUAAUUCAAAGCUCAGUUUCCCCUCUGGACACGCUGCAAUUUCUGUGUUUUCUACACUUUUUCUUUUUUUCUAUUUGAGAGGCUUACAAAGGCGAACUUCCGAUUUUAUUAUAAAAUUAUUAUUUGUAAUUGUUUCUUCCGUUUUUAUUUCCUUUACUACUUAUUGUUGUAUAUCACGAGUGACUGAUUUUUGGCAUUUUCCCACAGAUGUUCUCGGUGGGGUAUGUAUAGGUUCGUUAUUAUUUCAUUUACUUUUACACAAAUAUUACGAGACACGUCCACAUUCCAUUUAA